AUGGCACGAGAACCAUUACUGCCCCUCCCCCGCGCCGUCCCAACGUCACCACCAACAUUAACACCACCACCACGAGGACAGUCCUCGACAUCGACAUCACGGCCAAAUUCGUCUCUGAAACUCUUCGUAUAUAAACUACUCAUACUCGCAUCUUUCGUUCUGCCCGUCAUGUCUCAAGGCUGGGUCAACGCCGUCUACUACCCCAACUGGCGCGUGUACAAAGGCCAGACGCCGGCUUCGCUGCCGGUGAAUGCCGUCACCCAUGUGCUAUAUGCCUUCGUCCAAGUCAACACAGACGGGUCGCUGAGGCUCAUCGACGACUGGGCCGAUACGCAGAUUCCCGUCGACGGGACGACAGGGUGCCUCUCCGCCCUCGCCAAACUCAAGGCCUCGCGGCCCAACAUUCGCACACUCGUCUCCGUUGGCGGCGGCGGCGGAAGUGCCGAGUUCCCCGCGCUGGCUGCCAACCCGGCCGCGCGCGCCCGAUUCGCCAAGGAGAUUAAGAGCUUUUGCGACAAGUACCAACUUAACGGUGUCGACAUCGACUGGGAACACCCAAGCGACACCAAGCAGGGUCAGGACUACAUCGCGCUACUGAGUGACGUGCGCCGCCAGAUGCCGGCGGGGAGGUACCUCCUCACCACGGCUCUGCCGCCGGGCCAGUACGUCUUGAGGAACAUCGACCUCAGACGGGCGGCGCCCCUGCUCGACUACCUGAAUCUCAUGUGCUACGACCUAACGGGCCCAUGGACCGACGUCUCGGGGAACCACGCGCAGUUGAUGGCGUCCAAGACGCUGGCGAGCAACAAUCCGAACUUGAAGAUUGCGUGCGCCGAUGGCAUCAGCUACGUCAUCAAUAACGGCGUCCCGAGCCGCAAGGUGCUGCUUGGGAUCCCCGCGUACGCCCGCACGUUCCCCAUGGCCAAGGGCCCCGGAGGGCCCUCCAAGAACUCGGCCGAGAUGGACUACUGCGACAUGUCCAACGACAGCGUCGACAAGGCCACGGUCGACACGGCGGCGGCGGCGGCCUCGUACGUCGACGCCAAGAACGGGUUCAUGACGUUCGACGUACCGAGGACGGUGGCCAUCAAGGCACAGUACGCCAAGAGCAGGGCCCUCGGGGGUCUGUUCUACUGGACCGGCGUAGGGGAUCGGAAGGGAAGGCAGAGCCUGGUGCAGGCUGGGUUUAACGAGUUGAACGGCGUAAGAUAGACUUGAUGGGAAAAUCGGUGGAAUGAGCAGGAUGUAGAAGAUCCAAGUCGACUACCCGACUUUGCCUGUAUCAUGUCAGAGAAGCGCACCAAAUCUGUUCCUACCUGGCUGGAUAGGAUGAAUGAUAAUGACGGUGACGAUGGCAAUAAACUGUGAAAUAUGCACUCAACUAAU